AGAAGAAGGAGAAGAAGAGGGAGAUACAGGGGCGGAGUUCGUCUUUCACCUUCACAGAACUAGAGGUCAAAUUUAAAAGAAUUUGAACCAAAAAUUGAGUUUGCCGGAAAAGCUGAGCAAAUAGUUCAAAUACUAGUUUUAGAGUUUCCUAGAGUCAAUAACAGUCGAACACCAUGGGUCGCAAAUUUGUAGUAGGAGGCAACUGGAAGAUGAAUGGCACUAAGGCCCAAAUCAAUGAAAUUUUGGGAAAUUUAAAAAGUGGUUUAAAUGCAGAUACAGAAGUGAUUGUCGGAGUGCCUGCUAUUUACUUGGAUUAUGUCAAGUCACAGGCUCCUGCUAACAUUGAGGUUGCUGCCCAGAAUUGUUAUAAAGCAGAUAAAGGGGCAUUUACAGGCGAAAUUUCCCCGUUGAUGCUAAAAGAUAUCGGUGUAAACUGGGUGAUUCUGGGCCACUCGGAACGUCGCCAAAUAUUUGGCGAGAGCGACGACUUGGUCGCCGAAAAAGUCGCUUUCGCCUUGAGCAACGGUCUGAAAGUAAUCGCCUGCAUCGGGGAAACUUUGGAAGAGCGCGAAGGUGGCAAAACCAAUGAGGUCGUGUUCAGACAGACCCAAGCCAUCGCCAACAAAAUCAAAGACUGGACUAACGUUGUGAUCGCAUACGAACCAGUGUGGGCCAUCGGCACAGGAAAAACCGCCACCCCAGAACAAGCCCAGGAAGUCCACAAGGACUUGCGUCAAUGGAUGUCCACCAACGUCAGUGGGGACGUCGCGUCAUCCGUCAGAAUUCAAUAUGGUGGUUCUGUCACCGGUGCCAAUUGUAAACAGUUGGCUUCACAGCCUGAUAUCGAUGGCUUUUUGGUUGGUGGGGCUUCUCUGAAGCCAGAGUUUGUCGAUAUCGUUAAUGCUAAACAGUGAAAAGUAUCUAUCUAAAGCAAUAAGUGGUUUUAAAAAUACAAUGUUAUUAUGUGAAAGGCUAAAGAGAAUGUUUGGCUAGUCUAUUUUAUAUUAGCCCUUUGGCAUCGAACUCUAUUUUAUACAAUUAUAAUUUAUUUGAUUACUUUAUUUCAAAAAGUUAUAUAUUAUUAUUUA